CCACCUGCAACGGCAACCGCGGCCGGAAUCAGCGUUGUCGCGAUCAUUAUUUCUCUUUACUUUUUGCGGAACUCGAAGCCUGUCGCCUACCUAUCGACCAGACGGCCGAAACCCGUUAAGGAGUCCAGGGCCUCCAAGGGCUAAUACCUACUCUCCCGAACGAAGGGUAGUAUAGGGGCUAGGCUUUAUUAGAUUGGCGAAAGCUGGAUUCGGUUGGGACCAAGAGACAUUCAUUUUCUAUCCGUAAUCAAAGACACCAUCUCAAAUGGCAUUGAGCGCGGACGACACAACCCUGUCAGCCCCUGGCAGUUCGAAGGAGAUGCAGACCCACGACGAAGCAAUGGCAACUAAAAGAGGCGACCGCGACAGCAUCGGUGGAAACUCGAGAAACUCAAGAAGCAGAACUAGAGCAACCGCCGCCAUGAGCAACUCGAACCCGGUAGCACCCAAGAAGAAGAAGGGCGGCUUCCUCGCCAUCUUUGGCUGCUGCGGCGUCCCUGAUGAUGCGAACGGCCUCGACACCCCGGUACCAAGCCACAAGCUCGACAGGAUCCCCCCUAGACCGGCGACCGCGAGCAGGCGAACAGCAACCCCGUCCGAGCAGCCCUCCGCGAGCAAGACCCAACUUUCUGAGAAGGAGCCAGCUCAGCAAUCUCAGCCGACCCAGGAACAGUCGAAGAACGGGAAGCGGGUAUCAGGAACGAGUACUCAGGAUCAGUCGACAGUUGGCGAAAAGGAUGGAGAGUCAAAGCAGACCACGAUCGUUGGCCCCGGCUCAAGUAGCCCACUGGCAUCGGUAGAGCCGCCACAGCAGACCAACAAGGAAGUGGAGGUGGUUGAGGAGGUGGUCAAUGAGAAGGACGAGGAAGGGGACGUGCAGAUGCCCGAUGCCGCCGAGGAAUCACAACAAGCUUCACAUGCGGCCGAUGCCACGACUGAGGAAUCGUACACAAACCUUCCCCCGCCACCUCCGGGCCCGGUUCCCGCAGCUACAACUCCGCCAACAAGCGGCGCGCUAAUUGAGAGCCCUCCUGUCUUUCCUCCCGACCAACCUCAGAAGUUCCUACUCCCUCCUCAAGCACCUGAGUUCAAGGGUAAGAAGUGCCUUGUUCUAGAUUUGGAUGAAACCCUCGUACACAGCUCCUUCAAGAUCCUUCACCAGGCCGAUUUCACGAUACCUGUUGAAAUCGAAGGCAACUACCAUAAUGUCUAUGUCAUCAAGCGGCCAGGUGUAGAUCAGUUUAUGAAGAGAGUUGGCGAGCUUUACGAAGUUGUUGUCUUCACUGCAUCGGUUUCCAAGUACGGUGAUCCGCUGCUGGACCAAUUGGACAUCCACAAUGUUGUCCACCAUCGUCUUUUCCGCGAAAGUUGCUACAACCAUCAAGGAAACUACGUCAAAGACCUGUCACAGGUUGGCCGUGACCUUAAAGACACCAUUAUCAUCGACAACUCACCAACCUCGUACAUUUUCCACCCUCAGCACGCCGUACCCAUCAGCAGUUGGUUCUCAGAUGCGCAUGACAACGAGCUAUUGGAUCUCAUUCCCGUCCUAGAAGACCUUGCUGGUGCCAACGUGCAAGACGUUAGCCUGGUACUGGACGUCACUCUUUGAAGCGUUCAGCUUGAAAGCUUUCCGUGUUGAUCAUACACCUCGCGUAUGUAUGGCCCAAAGGCCCGUUCAUUGCGGGGUGUUUUGGUUCAUAUUUGUCUCAAGCGAAGAGGCGUAAAUGCGUCAUACUGUCUAAUCAUCUAAAUCUGGCCUGGCGGGUUUCGCAGACAUGACUAUAUGGUUACGACCCCACCUUCACAGAUCCGAGAGGUUACGGCCACCCAAAUGGCGGUCCGUUGCAUAUGAAGGGAUAUGCGCAGGAUUACCGCUCUUGUGCCUGGUCAUUCCGAGCUCCGUCAAAUGAAAACGGCGAGAGAAAGUUCUGAUGGGUCCGGCAUAAUUCGAGAAUGGAUCUGAAAGGAACCGGGGGAUUGCGGCGUGGUGCAACCCAGUGUGAAGCGUAAAAGCCAUCCGUACACAGCGACGUCCUUGUCAUAACGCCGGGCU